AUGGUUAGCCACGUUCGGACCUAUAACUUGGGAUUUCCAGAAGCUGGAGAUGGGAUUCAAGAAUGGUCAAAAGUGAAGGUUUUACUUCAUGGUAUCAAGGAAGGCUCGAUUCGUCAAAUCAAAGCGACUAAACUUAAUAAACUUCGUGAAGCAGAUGUCCAGUUGGCCAUGAUCUACGUCCAAGAUUAUUGUCCUGAAGACGAGAGACCUUACCGCUAUGCUAUUCAUCAGAAGAAUGAGAUCGAUAAAAUAGUGCAGGAGAUGUUAACGGCGGGUACAAUUCAAGCCAGCUCUAGCUCUUACGCGUCACCGGUGGUUUUGGUCAAAGAGAAAGACGGUUCCUGGCGUCUUUGUGUGGACUAUCGUGGUCUCAACAACAUGACAGUAAAUGAUCGGUUUCCUAUUCCGUUAAUCGAAGACCUUAUGGAUGAAUUGGGUGGUUCUGUCAUUUGUUACAAAAUCGAUUUGCGAGCAGGCUAUCAGCAAGUGCGAAUGGAUCCUUGUGAUAUUCAUAAAACAGCUUUCAAACACAUGGUGGACAUUAUGAAUAUCUCGUCAUGCCUUUCGGGCUUACUAAUGCCCCUGCUACAUUUCAAGAGAAAAUGUAUCUUUGCUACAGAAUGGGUCGAGUACUUAGGUCACUACAUUGAAGCUAAAGGUAUCUCCACUGACCCUAGCAAGGUUAAGGCGGUUAAUGAGUGGCCCGUCCCAAAGAAUAUCAAACAACUCCGCGGCUUCUUAGGGCUCGCUGGGUAUUAUCGUCGCUUUGUUCGAAGAUUUGGAACCAUAGCACGACCCUUAACAGCUUUGACGAAGAAAGACUCUUUCUCAUGGUCUCCUGAAGGACACUUUGUGAUUAAGACAGAUCAGAGAAGCUUAAAAUAUCUUCUGGAACAGCGCUUGAAUACCCCGAUUCAACAACAAUGGCUCCCUAAGCUACUGGAAUUUGAUUACGAAAUUCAAUACAAACAAGGGAAAGAAAAUUUGGUAGCUGAUGCAUUGUCAAGGAUGGAAGGAGCAGAAAUUCUCAACAUGGCUAUGUCUGUUCUUGAGUGCGAUUUUCUUCAACAGAUUCAGGCCGGUUACGAUUCAGAUUUGGAGCUCAAGGAGUUGAUUGAUGAACUGAAGGUCAAACCGCAGGCUCGAAAACACUACUCUUGGACCCAAAAUAUCUUAAGGCGCAAGAGCAAGAUCGUUGUUCCUCAUACUCCUCUUCUACGAGGUAAAAUUUUGGAUUGGUUACAUAGUUCUGGGAGUGGUGGACAUUCUGGACGAGUGAUGAUAGGAUUUGUGUGUGGUGUGAAAGAUAUGAAAUGA